AGAUGCAUUUCUGCCGUCACCUGCUGCUGGGGGCUUUAGACAGGACAGACAGACAGGCAGACAGACAGGCAGACAGACAGACAGGACCUGCAGUUGUGUCCCAGUUACCCCGAAGAAUAGCUGCCCUCCACCUGUCCCGGGACCGGACAGCGACUGGCAGGGUUUAUAUCUUAACAAAAGAGUGUGGUGCUGAUGUAAUGCUGGAGGAGCAGGCUGUGGAGCACUGAGCCUCCCAUGGCUGUUAGCACCAUGGACUCUGAGUCAGCCCGGACACCUCAGCCCCAGGCUGCCCUGACAAAAGGACGCCCCUCCCUGCUACCUGCUGGGGCUCUGAGUGCCAGGCUGGGCCAUCAUGGGAAGCACUAUGUCUGCGGCUCCAUUGCAGCUUUUACCAACAUCGUGGUGACGUUCCCCAUCCAGAAGGUGCUGUUCCGCCAGCAGCUGCAUGGUGUGUUGGCCACUGAGGCAGUGCGGCAGCUCCAGAGGGAUGGGCUGAGGAAUCUUUACCGGGGCCUGCUGCCCCCGCUGCUCCAGAAGACCACCACAGUGGCCAUCAUGUUCGGCCUGUACGAGGACUUCUCUAGAGUCUUAUUAGACCGGGCCGGUGGCAGCGGCGUGCCAGAGCUGGUCACCCGAAGCUUCGCUGCAGCAUUGGCAGGAACCGCAGAGGCCAUCCUGACGCCGUUUGAGCGCGUGCAAACACUCCUGCAAGACCAUCGGCACCACGGGCGCUUCAACAACACGGCCCACACCUUCCGGACACUUCUGACUGAGUAUGGUGUCAGAGAGUGCUACCGUGGCCUCGUGCCCAUACUCCUCCGAAAUGGCCCUAGCAAUGUGCUCUUCUUCGGGCUCCGUGGACCCAUCAAGGAGCAGCUCCCGGAAGCCACUAGCCGGGCAGGUCACAUGGUUAAUGAUUUUGUGUGUGGAGGUUUGUUGGGAGCAGCCCUCGGCAUCAUGUUCUAUCCAUUAAAUGUGGUUAAGUCCCGUGCUCAGUCUCAGGUUGGUGGAGCCUUCCAGCCUUGCAGGCAAGUGUUGCUAACAGUGUGGAGAGAAAGGGGUGGCAGUUUGCCCAUGCUCUUCAGAGGGGCUCACCUCAACUACCACCGUUCACUUCUCUCCUGGGGUAUCAUCAAUGCCACCUACGAGUUGCUGCUGAAGCUCAUGUGAGAGAGGGGGGGGGGGUGGAGAUGAGAUGUAGAGAGGAAGAGAACAAAUGUAAAGGGAAAAAUACCUGUAUAGAGUGAUGAAGCCAGUUUGUUGUGAAGAAAGGAAAUUGUAAAGUAAAGCCGAUGCACUUGCUGUCUGGCACUAUUUUUGGGACGCUGGGGUUUUCGUGACUGAAAGACAGCAAUGAAGUUGCACUUCUGACAGGGGCCAACAGUCAGUGUGAGAUACACCACCUGCCAUUGUUACUAUUUACUGUUGUCAAAGUGUUAAAAACAUGCUUUCGCCUAUAAAAACUUGUGCCAGGGUCCAAUUGAAAUGCCCUUGUUUGCUCUGUCUACAAAAAAUUCGGGGGAGCAAACUGAACUCCAGCGCUUUUUUUUUUCUUCUUCCACAGUUUCAAGCAAAGGUUACUUGACUGGAUUAACUGUUUUGUAGGAGACGCUGUUUCUUCGUUUGUGCUGUUUGCUGUGGUGUGUCUUGUUGACAAUAUCCGUCUGUGUGAGCAAGAGCACUUCCUCUGUGAGGCUGUAUUCUGCCACUUAACUGAAACACUUUUGUACUUUUUGAAAUACCCCAAGAUUUAUUGUCAAGUAGAGUGUCAGUCGUUUAAUUUCCCUUUACCUAUUCGGCCCAUGAGUUGAGGAGAUCAGAAGGCUAAUACUUUAGCAAUUAUUGAAAUGAGUAUCAUAUACAUGUUCUUGGAAAGGCUGUCAAGCAGACACAGGGAGGCUAUUUUAAACAGUUUCUUCUUUCGCACAUGAUGCUGCCAAUUGGAAAUUAUUUGUCUUGGUUUAUUUUAUGAAGUGCUACUGGCAGGGUGUAUAUGUUAUUUGACUUUAGAUAAGUGACCAUUGAUGUAUAUGUCAGUAAAACAUACAGUUACACCCAGAUCUGGUCUGUUUUUAUAAUUUAUGAGAUGGUACAGAAAUAAUAUUGUAUCUAGACUUUUGCAACAAAUAAACCCACAGAAAACGUUUGCCCUUUAUUUAAGAUAUUAUGUUUUAACAAAACCAUGGCAGCUUCAAAAGAAGACUUUGGAUAUUAAUUUGACUAUGCACCAUUGCUUUGAUUGACUAGACUAUAAAACUCCUCAACAUUUAUUUCCUUUUUUCUAAACUUUGAUAUUACUUGUUUUAUACAUGUAUCUCCCUCCCUCUGCUCACUAUAUCCUUCCUUAUCUCACGCUUGCUCUACUCUCUGUCUGUAACAUCUGUUGACAUAAUGGGCUCAGAUUUCAAGCUUGAGUAGCUGCAGUCACCACGCAGCAGCUCUGGCUGGGUACGACAGCCCGAAGAGGAAAGGCAUGGUGCUUGGACACAGAGAGAGAGACUGAACAGCGAUAGCAAUGGUGCUGAGAGAAGACAGGGGCAGAGGGUAAUGUUCAGUGGCACAAAAAGCUCAAGCUGCCUUGUAAAUGGAUCACUUGGCCUAUUUCUUCAGUUUCUUUUUUCUUUAUGACUGCCCACACUGUUCUGUUUCAUGAGAUCUUUUCAGGGUUUUCUAGGUUUUCCUCUUUUAAAAUAAGACUUCGUAUUGAAUUGGGCUUGGAAAAGUGGGACACUUUCGCUUAUAUUAAAUGCUGUUUAUAGUUGCCACUUAUAGCCUGAAGCACAAGUCACCAUAUCACUAUGAAAAAUGUCAAAUUAAUGAUUGCAACCAAAUGAAAUGUUUCAAAUCAAUACAUUAAAAGUGUCGACAGUGAA